AUGGGGAAAGCUUGUCGAGAUAUGGCGGAGGCGUUGCGGGACUGCAUGAUGCAGGGAGAGUGUAUGGCAGACGGAACUAAAACGCUGAAAGAGUGUCUUCACGACCGCGCAUACUUAUACGAGUGCAAGGAGUACCGUUUGGCAUACUUUGAAUGCAAGCGCGGCCAGCUAGACAUGCGACAGAGAAUUCGCGGCCCGAAAGGAGGAAUGUCAAAGUCUGCAAGCGGCACUAAUUAG